CAAGUCUAAAAACAACAUGCUUACUUCAAUAUGGGUCUGCUCUUUCUGCUAUACAUACUCCAUCAACAUAUAUACUAGGAAUCAGUAAUUAAUUACGCGUAGAAGUGAGCAUGGAGAUCAAAGUUGUGGAGGAAGGCGUGCAGAAAGGAAUCAGAGAGCCACUGGACCAUCAGUUGGUCCAUGCAAGCAAAGGGCAUCCAUGGAUGCUUUAUUUUUGUACAUUCGUUGCAGUGUGUGGUUCUUACGAAUUUGGUGCUUGUGCUGGAUAUUCAUCUCCCACUCAAGAUGCUAUCAGGAAGGAUUUCAACCUGUCUUUGGCAGAGUACUCCUUGUUUGGCUCAAUCUUGACUUUUGGUGCGAUGGUUGGCGCAAUAACAAGUGGGCCUAUUGCUGAUUUCCUCGGACGAAAAGGAGCAAUGAGAGUGUCAAGUGCUUUCUGUGUUGGGGGCUGGCUUGCUAUUUACUUUUCUGAGGGUCCCGUGCCUCUGGACAUUGGGAGGCUAGCAACAGGAUAUGGAAUGGGAGUUUUUUCAUAUGUGGUUCCUGUCUUUAUAGCAGAAAUAGCACCUAAAGAACUCCGAGGGACACUUACUACCUUAAAUCAGUUCAUGAUCACUGCCGGUGUGUCAGUGGCAUUCACCAUUGGAAAUGUACUUUCGUGGAGAGCUUUAGCUUUAAUUGGCCUAAUUCCCACUUCUGUAUUGCUACUGGGUCUGUUAAUUUCAGAGUCUCCGAUAUGGCUAGAAAAAUCCAGACGUAAAAAAGAUUUUGAGGCAGCACUGCAAAUACUUCGUGACAAAGAUGCUGAUAUAUCAGAGGAGGCAGAGGAAGUUCAGGACUACAUAACUACUUUGGAGCAGCUCCCAAAAUCUAGGCUACUGGAAUUGUUCCACAGAAGAUAUUUGCGCUCAGUCACUAUAGGAAUAGGCCUAAUGGUCUGCCAGCAGUUUGGAGGAAUCAAUGCAAUUUGCUUUUAUGCCAGCAGUAUUUUUGAACUAGCAAGAUUUUCUCCCGCCAUCGGAACUAUAUCAUAUGCUUGCCUUCAGCUUGUUGUCACAGGUAUUGGAGCUGUCUUAAUCGAUAAAACUGGGAGGAAGCCCCUACUUCUAUUAUCCGGAACGGGAGUGGUGGCAGGGUGUACAAUUUUAGCAGUUGCAUUCUAUCUCAAGGUCUACGAUUUGGGUGUUGCAGCUGUCCCAGCACUUGCCGUAAUAGGCAUACUGGUCUACAUAGGAUCAUUCGGAAUAGGAAUGGGAGCAAUUCCAUGGGUUGUGAUGUCCGAGAUAUUUCCUGUCAAUAUUAAAGGGCAAGCUGGAAGUUUGGCCACAUUAACGAACUGGUUUGGUGCAUGGUUAUGUUCCUAUACUUUCAACUUUCUCAUGAGCUGGAGUUCUUAUGGUACCUUCAUUCUUUAUGCAGCAAUUAAUGCAUUGGCUAUAUUAUUUAUAAUUUUUGCGGUGCCAGAAACCAAUGGGAAAAGCUUGGAACAAUUACAAGCAGCAAUUAACUCAUAAGAAGCUUGACUUUUUGUGAUUUGCUGAACAGUGUACGGCAGAAAACGAAGAAGAUC